AGGCGGCGCGGGGCUACGUAGGGCGUUGCCGGCUCGCGUGCGCCGCUGUCCUGGCUGGAGCCUUCAGGCGAGAAGUGCCUGGCGCUACACGUGCGCGCCUCUGAGGAGAAGCCGGCAGCGGCUGCGUGACCAGGUGUUUUCUGCAGCCCUGUCCCUAACUCUUGCUUGGUCCGCGAGCGGUGCAGCCUCUGAGGCAGCUUGUUUCGCUGGGGACUCUGCCGCCGCUGCUUUUGCCGCAUCGUCAGCUGCGGAAGCUCCGCCGGCUCCUGGGCCCCCUCGGAGGCUGCUAUGCUGUGGACUCGCUCGGAGUCUCCGCAAGGCUCCUGCACUUUCCACCGCGCGCCCUCUCCUCCAUGACGACCCCGGGAGCAGCCGCGCCGGGGAGGGUCCUGCCCUCCGGGUCUCCUGAGCUCGCAGCCUUGGCGGACGGCCCCGCCACCACCGCCGCCGCCUUGAAUGGGACCGGGGGGCUCCGCGAGGCCCCGGCUACGCCGCGCGCCCACAGCACGGCGCCGCCCGCCGCGGCGGUCGCCUUGAACGCCGAAGUUCCCCUCAGCAGAGUCCCUCCUUGCGUCGCCCAGCAGCCCCGGGCGGCGUCCGCUCCCGCGGCGGGCAAAGGGGCGCCUCCGGCUCAGCAGCUCCCCAAGACGCCCGGCGCGGGGACCAGGCUGCCGACCCCUCAGCCCGGCGCCCCCAAAGCCCCGCAGACGGUGACGAUACAGCUACCUGCGAACUUCCAGAUCCCGCCGGGAACGGUUCUUGUCAGAAGCAGCACUGGACAGCUGAUGCUGCUGUCCCAACAAGCACUUGCUCAAGUUCAAAGCCAGGCCCAAAAGAACCCAAUUGUACGACAAUCAUUGCCUGCAAAUGCACCUACAGUCAAAACACAGACUGUACAGAAUUCUGGAACUCAAGUACUGAAAGUAUCAGCUGCUCCUCAUACAACAGUGACUUGGACAACACCUUCUGUUAAUUCAAAUGUUAAGAAGCCUGCUGCAAUCCAGUCAAUAGCAUCAACAAAUAAUAGCAGCACCACAGUUGUGGCUGCAAAGUCUUUGAUUACCGGACCAGUGGCAAAGCCUCCUGUUUCUGAUUGUUCUGUGCUCUCUCUUGCUACAAAGCCAGUCCCUGACACAGAAAGUAGGGCAGUAGCACAGGCCAGCAUCUCUAAAGAAAUGCUGGAAAAUGUGGAAAAGUGCAAAAACUUCCUAGCAACACUAAUAAAACUGGCAUCCAGCGGGCCUCAAGCACCUGAAAUGGGGCAGAAUGUGAAGAACCUGGUACAAAGUCUGUUGGAAGCCAAAAUGGAACCAGAAGAAUUUACUAGAAAACUGUACAUUGAGCUAAAGUCUUCCCCUCAGCCCUAUCUUCUCCCUUUUCUCAAGAAAAGUAUGCUUGCCUUACGGCAAUUAAUGCCUGACGCACAGGCCUUUAUACGGCAGUGUCUUCAACAAUCAGGACCACAAACAGCUCCUCCUAUUUGUAGCACAGCAUCAUCCACUUCUUUGGUACCUGCUGCCAGCACUCCUGUGACUGUGACCUCUCUUAAAAUUCCGACGGGGAUACCCUCCCAACAGACUUCAGGCCCAGUCCUCUGUACAUCAGGAGUGACAAGAGGAUCUGGUUCUCUUCAGUUUGUUCAGACCACUCCUGUUUUGUCAGGGACACUCUCCCUUCAAGGUGCCAGUCCUGUUCCCUCCACUAAACCGACUACUGUGAGAGCUGUACAUCCAGUCUCCUCCACUGCAAUGGUGGCAACUGGUACCACUUCUCUCCAGGUUGUGAAACCAGUCCAUGCCCCUGCAAUGUCGUCAUCACCUGCAUUUGCUGCUCCUAGUUCUGUAAAGCCGCCAUCUUCUGCUGCAGCAACAUCUCUACAAGCUCUGAAGCCGACCUUGACUACUGCUGCAGCAACUGCUACAACAGCAGUGACCGCGUCUCUCCAAUCCAUAAUGCCAGUUGCUGGGAAACCAAUCACUAUCAGAGUUGUCCAUCCCAGUUCUGUCCUUUCCCAUUCAGCUCAGACGUCACAGGCUGUAAAGAUAGUCCAGCAGCCUUCAGGAAGUACCUUGAAAAAAGUGGUCACACUCGAACAGGCUUCACUCCAUGCUGUGAACAAAUCAGGUGAAAAAAUGCCAUUAAACACUUUGAUCCAGUCUAGUCAGCUUCCUGCAGGUUCCAUUGUGAAACAAAUUACGCUGCCAGGAAACAAAAUUCUGUCGCUUCAAGCAUCUCCUGUUCAGAGAAAUAAAAUAAGGGAGAACGGAACAAAAUCCUUCAGAGAUGAAGAUGACAUCAACGAUGUGACUUCUAUGGCUGGGGUCAACUUGAGUGAAGAGAGUGCAUGCAUAUUCGGUUCGAAAUCUCAAGCAAUCGGCGCAAUUAUCCGGUCUUGUCCAGAAGAACUCUUCCUUUCAUCAGAUGCACUGCAGAAGAAGAUCCUAGAAAUGGGUAAAAGCCAUGACAUUACGGAAGUUAAUUCAGAUGUUCUGAACUUGAUCUCCCAUGCUACACAAGAGAGAUUAAGAGGGCUUCUGGAGAAACUAACUGUAAUUGCUCAGCAUCGUACGAUGACCUGUAAGGGGAAUGACAAGUACACAAUAACUAGUGAUACAAGAGCCCAGCUUCGGUUUCUUGAGCAGUUGGACCAGAUCGAGAAGCAGAGGAAGGAUGAAGAAGAGAGAGAGGUGUUGCUGCGGGCAGCCAAGAGCCGUACCAAUAAAGAAGAUCCGGAGCAGCUGCGAUUAAAGCAGAAAGCAAAAGAGUUGCAGCAAUUAGAACUUGCACAAAUGCAGCAAAUGGAGGCUAACCAUGCAGCUCUGGCAGCCAUUGGGCCAAGAAAAAAGAGGCCACUGGAUUCAUCCGGACUGGAGAAGCAGAAUGCUUGCAGUAUACGCAUAACAAGGAAAGCAAAACAUCCUGAUGAGUAAACAGUGUUCUGUUCAGAGAUGAAAGGAUGGCCUUGAAAUGGAAGAAUAUGGCUUGGGGGCCUGUACACACUAGGAAUCACCAAAAGCAUAUUUUGAGAAAACAUGUCUAAUUUAAAUAUGUAGAACUAUAUCCAUCGAGUGCAAAGAUACUUAUUUUCUAAAGCUGUUAAAUGUCAAAGAGCUUAAGCAGUUUGACACACAUCUGACCGUUUCCAGUUAUUUAUCUUUCUAGAAGUAUUAAAUAUAACUAGUGGUAAUGCACCAGAAGCAUGCAUUUAAUUCAUAUAUAUACAGUUAUAUGGAUAGCUAAAGCAUCUUUUUUUUGGGGGGGGGAGUGAACUAGUUUAUGUGGCUCAUGCCCCUCCCAAUGUGCCAAGUGUUUUGGGUAGACAUCUCCUGGGAAGGCUGCCAUUAUUACCUGAGGGCCAGGUCACUUUUUCCAGACUUCUCCUUGGCACUUUCCUGUGAAAGCAAUUAAACUCUGUCCAAGGAAGUCUUCCCAUUCAUUGCCACAUAUAGAACAUUAGUUGGUGGUGACGUUCCAAUCCCAGGGUUCCUAUGAGUACCCUGUUCUGUCUUGAUGCUGCCAUAUUGACUGCAUAAGCCUGGACACUCUUCUCCUGAAGAUUAGAGGUUUGAUGCAAGAUUUACCUUUCGAUUUGAUUCUUCAAAAAUCACAUUUGCAGCACUGUGCCUAGUUGUUCAUAUCUAUGUGAAAUAGGGUUGAUAGCUAUCUCUUCGGUACCAGUGUGUGCACCAUACCUGACACUACUGGUGCCUUGGCAAAAACUAUGGGGACAACCAGGUUGUUGCCAUGAUUGUGGAGCUAAUGUUCUGUACUCCUUAACACAGGCACAGGGUAGCUAGAAAGAAACUUGUGUCUUCGUAACAGGUCGAGCCCCCUUAAGUGCUGACUCUCAUGGUUGUGGAAUAAUGCACAAAUUGACUGACUUUCAGCUAAUUGUGCAGACAAAUGUAUAUUCUAGGGCAGGGCUGUGGAACCUACUGCUGCCCCAUCAUCCUUGACCGUAAGGCAUGCAGGCUGGGCUGAUAGGAAUUGUAGUCCAACAGCCUCUGGAGGAUUGCAGAUUCCUUACUCCUGGUUCAGAAGCUUGUCAGCUUCCUUGACUAGCAUGCUGACUGAGCCCCUUCAAGUGUAAGUGCUUGGUGCAUCUUGGGACUCUCUGUAACUGAGACACGCUCUCUUUGGAAGAGACUAGGAAGCAACAAAUGUGUUGUAUGUCACAUCUGUCAGUGGAUGGUGGAGUUUCAGUUUUAUCUCUGAAUUUCGUAGAAGGUUGUCAGUUUGGGCCACACUCACGACGUCAGAUGUUUGCCUGUAAAUUGGCUAAAAUAUUCUAGGCUGCCAUUUAUAGGUUUAAGCAGUGCAGCUCACAGGCCCAUAGAAUGCCAUUCCUGUACAGAGAUGAACUUAAUUAUUUUCUUGUGUGAAAGAUAUCUGCAAUUUAAAUGACUAAUUGUAUUGUAGCUCUGGGCUAAACAUAUUGAUAACACAAACGUUGAUGACAUGUGAAGGGUCAAGAGUUUUAUAAUUUAGUUGAUGAUAUAUUGCCUAAAAUGAUGUGGCAAAGAGCCAGAAUAUUUCAGUUUAAUAAUCGUCUAUUAAGUUAACAUGACACAUUUUGUACAGUAUUUGUUACCUCCAGGUACAGAUUAAGGAUCUGAUGCAGCCACAGAUAGUGACAUGUAAGCAUGAAUCUUGGGCAUAAUCAUGAGUAAACUGACACUACAUUUCCAGUAAUUUGUCUCAAUAUGUAAAACACUCUGUUGGUUACAUUUGAAAGGACUUGUAGAAAUGUCACAAUGUAAGUUGGGGGAGGAAAGCUACACAACAGAAUAUUAAUACCUAGUCUCUUGCAGAUCUUUGACAGUUUAGUGAAGUUCCAGCAUGAGUGAAGAUAAUUGGAUCAUAAACAUACACAUUUAUUCCUAAAUUGUUCAAGUGAAAACAUGUCUGUCAUGCCAUGAGGUGUCCCAAGAGUUCUCAUUCUCCUUUUUAAAAAUCAAAAGUGCUGUAUAGUAUUUUCAUUUACUUA